CUUCCACCACUCGCUCAUCGCUAGGCGAGUCAGUACUCAGUUGAGUUCAGUCAUCGAUACGUGGACCGUGAGUGAAUUAACGCUCCACUUCCGCUUGGGAUUGCAGUGAUUUAAUCAGGAAGUGUGUAAUUUGGUGUAUCACGCUGAUAUUCUUUUUGUUUGUGUGCUCGAUUGUCCGGCCAGAGAGGCUGGAGCGGUGCGAUGUGGUGUGAAAUUGUGGGAUGGUGUGAUGAACCAUUUGUGAAAUGCUGAAGGUGAUGAGCUCGAGUGUGCGGCCCGCAAUUGAUUGAAUUAUGAAAAAGACACCACAAAAGACUCCCGGCGAGGGGAGCUCAUCAGCAUCAUGCACAGUGAAUUUGGUGCUAUUUGUCCUAUGUAUCUCAUCAAUGGGUACCUCAUUCUACGCCAACUUCCGCAUGUCAAUCCUCGAGGAUCGCGUGCGAGACAUCAAUCAUCUCGAUGAUCGACUCACGGUGGUGGAGGCUAAGCUGCAGACACUGCAGCCUAGUGCCUUCAUGGAGCCACCCUUCGAGAAUGUGGCUAGUGUGGUGAGGAAGCUCUCCUUGGAAGUGGCUGGUAUUCAGAGACUGAGACGUGAUGUGUCACACUUAAAAGUAACCCGUCAACAGCGUCAAACCGCAAUUCAACAAACACCAGAUUGUGUCUGCCCCCCAGGCCCACCAGGACCACCAGGAAAGCGAGGGAAAAAGGGCAAAAAAGGAGAUACAGGAGAUACAGGACCAGCUGGUGCCUCAGGCCUCAAUGGUAUUCCGGGACCAAUUGGUCUGGAUGGACCAAAGGGAGAGACUGGAUCACCGGGCUCGAAAGGUCAAAAGGGUGACCUGGGAGCGCUUGCCUUCGAUAUCUUUUCAUCGAAGGGACUGAAGCGUUCAGUGACGACGUUGCGCGGCGGAUCUCUUGGAUAUGCAGAGAUUGUAGCUGUUAAGGGAGAACCAGGUGCUCCGGGACCUCCUGGUGAGCCUGGGCCACCAGGAAUCGCCGGAAUUCCCGGGGAUGACGGUAAACAGGGCCCAGCCGGAGCAAUCGGACCACCAGGAGAAAGAGGUCAACCAGGAGAAAUUGGAGUACCAGGUCCACCUGGACCAAAGGGUGACAAAGGAGAUCGAGGAAUCGUAACAACAAUCAGCAGCGAUCAAUUCCCCAAUGGCAUCAUCGAAGGACCACCAGGACCACCUGGACCUCCAGGAGAACCCGGUGCGAAGGGUGACCGAGGCGAUGUGGGACCUGUGGGACCUCCUGGUGGUAAAGGUCCUCGCGGGAAGCGCGGCAAACGGAUAGGAAAUGGCAAGGAAGAAGUGGAUUACGAUGAUCCUGUGACGGUGUUGAGGGGUCCACCUGGACCACCUGGACCACCAGGAUUGGCAGGCGUACCGGGUAAGGAUGGAAUACCAGGACAGAAGGGUGAGCGUGGUCUGGUGGGUGAACCUGGAUCUUUGGGUCCACGAGGAUUAGAUGGCCUUCCGGGUGAACCUGGUAUUGAAGGUCCACCCGGUUUGCCAGGGUAUCAAGGUCCGGCCGGCGAAAAAGGCGAAAGAGGAGAUAUCGGACCACCAGGCCUUAUGGGUCCGCCUGGUUUGCCUGGACCACCCGGAUUUCCAGGUCCUAAGGGAGACAAAGCCGAUGGUGUUCAGCCUGAAUAUAAAUUGAGAAAAAUGAGGAGAAGACAGGACGAUCGGAUGUCAGAUGCUCCAUCACGCACAAAUGUUCACAUCGAAUAUCUCCGUGGGCCACCCGGACCACCCGGUCAACCAGGAAUGCCAGGACAUCCCGGUCAGCGAGGUGAACGUGGGAAUGAUGGUCGAAAGGGGGAUGUUGGUCCCAAGGGAACGAAGGGAGAUCAAGGUCCCAUGGGACUUCCUGGACCCAUGGGUGUGAUUGCGGAUGCCGACACCAUGACUCCAAUGCGUCGACGGAGCUAUCCUGGUUGAGUUUAAUCAACCAUCUCCAGUGAGGGAAAAUUAAUGGAGCCAUCACCACAAAACAGCCACCGUAUGGCACCGAAAUGCGGAAAAAUAUAUUGUGGAAGUUGUACGGCGAUUAGGAAAAUCUGUCGAUGCAGUGAUAAAUGCAAAACAUAUGGAAAUUUACAUAUUGUCACGGGUUCAUUAUUUUUUUUCCUCUUACAUAAUAAAUGUGAUUCGACUGUAGAUUGUUAAGCAAGAAAAAAAUUAAAAGAAAAUCAUAAACGUGAAUAUAGAGACUCAUUAAAGAAAAACGACGAAGGAAUCUCACAGGCAAAGGAGUUUUUUCCAAGUAUUCAGUGUUUCGUUGUGUUCAUUGUCCAGCGUAAAGGAAAAGAUUAUAAAAAAAAAACAUGAAUAUUAAUUUGAAAUAAAACAUGAAAGAUUGAAGUUUAAAUGUAACGAAUAUAGUAUAAGAAAUCUCAAUGUAUACAUUCGUAAUUCAUAAAUUGAGACAAGGAAUGGAAAACUUACUUAUUUAUAAAUUAUAUACUCUUAAUAAUCUUCUACAGAGAAAAAUCAUACAGUCAUCGAUUUGUAUCAUUUGUAAAUAAAAUACAGAUUAUACAGAGAAAAUACAACAUU